AUGAAUAUUAUAUUUGAUUAAUUGAUUACAAGGUUUUCUUUAGAAAAAUUAGAUGAAAAUCCACUAUUAAUUAUAUUACAGAGAUUUUUAAAAGAUGUUGCAAAGCACUAUAACCUAGAUCAACGUUUUAAAAUAAGCAGAGCUAGCUAUGUAUUUAUCAUUCUUGUUUUUUUGGCAAUAUUGAUAACAAUAAUUAAACUUUUUUAGUCCUUAAUUUUGAUUGCCUUUGUGAUUUGGAGAUCUUUUUUAGUAAUAUAACAAUUAAUCAUUUAGACAUUAAAAAUAUCAUAAUAGAAUAAGUCUUUAACACUUGAAUUAAAGAAUUGGAUCUUCUUAGCCUUCUUACUUUUGUUUCAUCCAUUUUUAUAAAAAAUAGAUCUUUUACCCCCUUUUAUUUAGUUAUUUUUGUAUAAUCUUCCAUGGUUUUUAAACUCUAAGUAAAUUAUAGAUUGAUUAUAGAUAUACGAUUGAAUUAUUUGAAUUACUAAAUUAAAUACUGCCUGAAAAAAUAAAACUAAGUUUUAAUUUAGAUUAAGGGGAGAAUGAGAAAGCUCAUUUUUAAUAUAGAUUAGUAUAAGAGGCCUAAAAAUAAAAUAGGGUUUAUUUAAGAAUUUGA